AUGGCUGCGAUAUACACAACCGUGCCCGAUGGGCUCAUACCCCUCCUCGAAAGCCAUCUCCCAAACUCCCUCCCCAUCCUCCGCCGUCUGCAGUUCACUCGCUUCAGGGGCGGGAUGCGCCCGACGGCCCGUAUAAUUUUCGCCUCUGACUCUCCGUUGGUUGCUGAGCAGACUGGCCAAUCGCCGUCACAGCGCAACUUCACGGCCGCGUACCUGGACUUUGGCAGCAACAUCGAGACCCAGCUAUUCAUAUACUCCACCCUCGAAGACGGCACCAUCACAGACGGCCAAGAGAGGGAGGCCGCCGAGCUGCAAAUCAUGGCGGCCAUCGACGCUGUGAAGCAGGUCAGCAGGGAGCAGCCGGACAACAGAGCCUACCCCGGCGGCUGUCUCGUCGGGACCCUCGCCACCGUCACGAGGGAGACGAUGAUCAAGCGAGGCGUGGUCGUGAAGCAGCGUGCGGUCUACGAGUACGAGAAGUGGCUGUUCAGAGUGGACGAGGUCCCCGAGUUCGAAGUUACCUUGCCCGAGGGCGCGACAUGGGCGCCGGCCACCGAACGAGACUGCGAGGUUGUGAUUUCGAGGACGACCGUGCCCCGUCAGGUGUAA